AUGACUGAUCUAAAGAACGAAGUGAAUAAUCUAUUCACUACUGAAUCAGUUGCUCAAGAACCACCGCAAGAGAAUGGUAAUGUUGAUUUUAAAGGCGCGAUUGCACAAAGUUUAGACCCGGAUAAAGAUGGUGAGAUACUUGAGAACGAUUUAAAUGUUAAUCAGCAAGAUGGAGACAACAAGCAAGAUAAUGAUCAAUAUUUUGAAGAAAAUCCAGAUCAAAACGAAAAUCAAAAUGGACAAAAUGUCGAUUCAAAUACUAACAAUGAGGAAAAGAAUAACAACAAUGCGGAUAAUCAAACACAAACAACACAAAAUACAUCAGAAAAUAAUAAUCAAAAUCAAAGACCUCCUCCUAUACAACCUCCACCAGGAAAUCCACGAAACACUGCUCGUAGAUCUCCACGAAACGUAGCAAAGCAAGUUGACGAUGCUGAAGUUCAAGCUGCUUGCGAAGAUGCAAAAAACGGUAAAAUGAACACCAAAGAUCCACAUGUUAUUGCUGCAGCAGUUGUAGAAUUAGAGAAUGAAAGAAACGAGUUGAUGGCUUCAGGAAGACUAAGAGAAAGCUUGGCAAUUCAAAGAUCAAUAGAUUAUGCUAAAUCUGCAGUUCUUACAGCACAAAAACAAGAAGCUAAAGAACAAUACCUCGAAGAUAUCAAAGAAAAAAGAAGAGUUGCGCAAGAAGAUUACAAUACGUUAAUGAAAGAGAUAGAUCUAGCAGAAAAAGAGUUUUCUUUGAAGUGUGAUGAAUCGAUUCAACGUCUUUCUGAUGAGCAGCAGAAAAACCUUGACCAAUACGAUGAAGAAUGGAAAGAUGAAAGUAAAUAUCGUCAAUAUAACCGUCUUUCAUCCAAAUUACGUGCUAUGAAGCAUCAAGUUGAUCUUCUCAUAAGAGCGAGAAGACUUGAUGAAGCAGAUCAAGUUGCAAGACUUGCAGAACAACAAGAAAAAAUUGAAACACAAGCAAACAGCCAAUUAAUGCUUCAAGACUUCCUAAAUGGUCGUAGAAAGCUCGAAGAUAAGCAGAUGCAAGAGAUGGAGACACUCAAACUAUCUCUAGAAGGAAAAAGAGCAGAAAUGAGAAAAUAUUACGAUAAAAAACGUAAUGUUCUCGAGAACAGAUUUAAGUUCCUUGAUAACGAAGAGAAAGCAGGACAAGACCCAGAGCAUUGUUGGGUAAAUCACAGAAAUGAUGAGUCAAUUGUCACUGCACAUAGAUCUGCCCGUGGAAACUCUUCUUCCCAAGUAAUGACGAGAUCUUUGGCACCAAAGAAUUACGGAACUUUGUCUCUUCCACCUCUGCAAGUUCCUAACUCGGCAAGAACUCAGAGAAAACAAUAA